GUCUUUUAUUAUGGUUUGACUUUGCUCAGCGACUUGCUGAUAUUAAAAUGGCGGAUGUCUCAAGCAAUGAGCGAAAAGUGAAGCUAACUAAACACGGAAAAGUUGUAAAAAGACGUACACGAAACCCAGAAGAAUGGCACAAACAGAAACAAAAACGUUUAAGAAUAGCUGGAUUGGAAUACAUAAAUGCAAAUGGAAAAAUCGUACCGCCUAAACAACCAGGCCCUGACUGCAAUUGUCGACGAAGAUGUUUCCAAAAAGUUCCGGAGGACAUCCGUCUGAAGACCUUCCAAGGCUUCUAUUCCAUGAAAACACAUGAUGAACAAAAUGCCUACUUAUUUGGCCUUAUGAGGCAAGUAGAUGUGAAGAGAAAAAGAGUAAAAUCUAGCAGCCGCCGUACAUGUACAUUUGAAUACUUCAUCAGAGUAAAGGGGAGAGAGACCCAAGUAUGUCAGACAGCAUUCAAAAACAUUCAUUCCAUAACUGAAAGAAAGGUCAGAGUUCUUUGUAAAAAGAUGGAUGAUGGAGUAAUGUUCCCCAGUGAUAACAGAGGCAAAAACAGCCACCGGCGCUCUGGAGAAGUCCGUCUGCCAACAGGGGUUGUGGAACAAAUAAAGAACCAUGUUUAUUCUAUUGUCCACACUCAUCGUCUGAAAGAUUUCAUCAGGCUUGACAAAAUUGCUGGUCUUGAAAUUAAUAUUUCAAAAAUGUGGAAGGAUUAUAUCAAGACUUAUGACCCAGAUAAUAUUACUGCCAUAUUGCCUAAAUCUAAAAGGAAUAUGGAAGUAGCUCUGCCAAAUGAGCCAGCUCCUCAGCAGCAGCAACCUCAGCAACCACCCCCACAGGAGCAGUUUGGUGCAGGCAUCUACCCAGGCAGUGGACAUCUGGUCAACAUUGCUGAGAACUAUUUUCAGAACCACUACCAGACCACCACUAUGACCACAACUGGUACACCAACCAAUUUUUAUCAAACCCAAAAUGGUGGACAGAGUAUGGGAAUACUGUUGCAAUCCACAGCGAGACCAAUACAGCCAGCUACAUACAUUGUGUUACAGCACACAACCAAACCAGAACCUUCACAGAACACUGUCACCAUCAACAGUACACCAACAUUUACACAGGAGCUAAUCCCACAAGAGCCAGAGAAAGUCAAGAAAAUUAAGAAGGAAAGAAAAAGGGGCCCUUUGGUGAAGCAAUGGAGAUACACAAACAUUUUCCAUGAUGAGAUCAAUGGAGCAGCUCUUGCUGCUAUAAAAACAAGACUGAGCAUGUACUAUGCCGAGAGUGACGCCGCCAGGAAGAAGGCGAAGCAGGCCCGCCCAGAUGCAGCCCAGACACAAACUGAACAACAAAUAAGACAAACACAGACAGUAACAAUUUACACUUAACAGUAGCAUAACAAAACUUUAUGUAAUAGAACUGAUUUGCUAUUAAAAUUUGAGUUGCUCGAAUCUCAAAUCAUGUUAGACAUAAGUUUAUAAACUUAUCAGUAUCAUGAGUGCAUGGUAGCCAUAACAUAGGAAUAGUCCUGAUUGAUAAUGUGAUUGCAUGACUUUGAUCAUUGCAACCUAUCACUAAUCAAUGUAAUAUUUAUCAAUGAAUUUUAGAUCAAUAGCUCCCACAUGCUAUAAUGAUAUGAUUGUAGUAGCAUUCUCAAUUAUGUAUAAGAAAUACGAGUCAUUUAUUUACAACUUAUUCACUACUAUAUUUAGUAGCUAUUAUUAAUAUAGUUAUAAAAUCUUA